UAUUUUCUCCUUCAUUAACGAAAUGGCCACAACCGCAGAAACACCUCUUCUAGAAGAACACGUGAUGGACGCCGUUGACCACGACGGGCUUGUCGCCGACAGAUCAAACACCGGUAGAUGGACUGCCGCAUGGUUCAUAAUCGGUGUGGAGGUUGCGGAGAGAUUCGCUUAUUAUGGGAUCGCAUCAAACCUUAUCAGCUACUUGACUGGACCACUUGGCCAAUCUACGGCGGUUGCCGCCGCUAAUGUCAACGCGUGGACGGGAAUCUCCUCUCUUCUUCCUGUUCUUGGAGCUUUUGUCGCCGACGCUUUUCUCGGUCGGUACCGAACCAUUAUCAUCGCGUCUCUUAUUUACGUACUGGGGAUGGCACUUUUGACUUUGUCUGCACUUUUGGUUCCUAUCAGUGAGAAUAAGGAAGUGGUCUCUGCUUCACCUUCUUCUUUGCUCAAUGUACUCUUCUUCUUCUCUCUGUAUCUGGUGGCCAUUGGACAAAGUGGGCACAAGCCUUGCGUUCAGGCCUUUGGAGCAGAUCAGUUCGAUGAGAAAGACCCGCGAGAGCAACGUGACAGAAGCUCAUUCUUUAACUGGUGGUACCUUAGUAUGUCUGCAGGGAUCUGCUUGGCCAUUGUAGUUGUUGUCUACAUUCAGGAAGCUGUCGGCUGGGCACUCGGGUUUGGUAUACCUUGUGUGUUCAUGGUGAUCUCUCUUGUUUUGUUUGUGGUAGGGAGAAGAAGUUACAGGUACAGUAAAAGUAGACAUGAAAAGGAAAACAACCCUUUUACCAGGAUAGGUAGAGUCUUCUUUCGAGCAUUCAAGAAUCGAAGAUUGAGUCAAGUUCAGACUGAGCUGGAGGAAAACCCAUCUCAUGGAUCUCCAGAGAAGCUGAGGUUUCUAAGGAAAGCCUUGCUUACCCCACAUGCAUCCACUGAAGAGGACAAUGUAUGUAGUGUUAGUGUUGGUGAUGUUGAAGAUGCCACAGCUCUUGUCAGGCUUAUACCAGUAUGGCUUACAACUCUCGGCUACGCUCUCCCCUACGCUCAAUACAUGACUUUCUUCACAAAGCAAGGUGCAACACUAGAAAGAGCAAUCUUCCCUGGUGUGAAGAUCCCCUCUGCUUCUCUUCAGGUCCUUAUCGGCAUAGCAAUAGUCCUCUUUGUCCCCAUCUAUGACCGUGUUUUGGUCCCAUUCGCCAGGUCUAUAACCAAAGAUCCUUGUGGCAUCACAACGCUAAAAAGAAUUGGAGCCGGAAUGGUACUAGCAACUUUCACUAUGGUGGUUGCUGCUCUGGUUGAGUCAAAACGGAUCCAGACAGCAAAAGAAUACGGUCUUAUCGACCAACCGGGAACAACGGUUCCGAUGUCUAUAUGGUGGUUAGUCCCCCAGUACUUGAUGCUGGGAUUGGCUGACGUACUUACAUUAGUGGGAAUGCAAGAGUUUUUCUACAGCCAAGUCCCACCAGAGCUGAGAAGCAUCGGUCUAGCGCUUUACUUAAGUGCAUUGGGCGUGGGAAGCUUAUUGAGUAGCUUGCUCGUGUCUGUGAUUGAUUUGGUUACUGGAGGAGAUGCUGGAAACAGCUGGUUUAAUAGUAACCUUAACAAAGCACAUCUCGAUUACUUCUAUUGGCUACUUGCUGUUAUUAGCGCCUUGGGGUUCUCUGUGUUCUUGUUUGUUUCUAAGUCAUAUGUCUAUCGUCGGGUGGAUGGAGUCUAGUCUUACAGAUUUCUUGGUAGAAGAUGACGAUGUGAUAU